CUGUGGAUGAGUGGGAGUGAGUCUUUCUUUUUGGCCUAGUAUUGUCAUUGUUGUUCCGGAACAGCACAACUCUUUUUUGAACGAAAUAUGACGCGAAUAUGGGACCUUGGGCGAAAUAUUUGUAGUCGAUUCGAUACUUAGAUUCACGAACCGCACUUCAUAAAAUAAUUGCCACAAAUUACUAUCUAGAGGUGAGCAGAAAAUUGCACACUAUGUGCGCCAAAGUGUUAAUAUAUUGUUAUUACUGUGCGGUUACUGUGCUAGUGGUAAUUAUGGAUAAAAUUUAUGCACAAGACCUAUACAUAUCGAACUUGGAUGACAAAUGUAUUCAAUGCCUAUGUGCAGCUGCCAGUGCUUGUAAUCUGCAAGCAGGAUGUGAAGGUGGAUAUUGUGGACCAUUUCAAAUAGAACGGAGGUAUUGGAUGGAUUCUGGGAGACCGACGGUAGCAAAUGAUGAUCCUGAUAGAGAUGGAGCAUAUGAAACUUGUGGAACCGAUUAUUCAUGUUCGUUGAACACAUUAAGAAGUUAUAUAAUCAGAUAUGCAACGGAUUGCAACGGCGAUGGAGUCACAAAUUGUGACGAUUAUGCAAUGCUAAACUAUAACGGAAGAAACUUUUGUGAUAAGGAAGUAACAAGAAAUGCCGAUGGAAGAGAAUACAUGAGGCGUUAUUUAAGUUGCAUAAAUGGAUUCUUAAAGAACAACAUUUUCCUAUCAAAUACUUAGU